GAUGCUGAAUUUCACAACAAACAAAAGCCGGGCUAUUAUUUUCUUUCUUUGGUUAUUUUGUUUAUCCCCACGGUCAUGGCAGCAGCAGCACCCGGAAUCGACGGCGUGUACUCCAUUCGCUUGGUCAUAGCUGACUUUUACAUGGAGAAGCCGCAAUUCGGCCAGGAUCCCUGCUACUCGGAGUUGCGCGGGAAGGAAAUUAAGCGAGUGCCGAUCAUUCGCAUAUUCGGGGCCAAUUCCAGUGGACAGAAGACCUGCAUGCAUGUGCACGGCGUGUUUCCCUAUUUCUACAUACCGUACGAUAAGAAGGACUUUGAAUCCUUGGAGCGGGGCAUCUUACAGAUUGCCAUGCACCUGGACAAGGCACUCAAUAUAUCGCUGGGUCAGGGCAGCUCCAAUGCCCAGCAUGUGUUCAAAAUCCAGUUGGUCAAGGGCAUCCCCUUCUAUGGCUACCAUCGUGUGGAGCAUCAGUUUCUCAAAAUAUACAUGUUCAAUCCACGCUUCGUGCGACGCGCCGCCAACCUUCUCCAGAGCGGGGCCAUACUCAGCAAGAACUUCAAUCCGCACGAGUCCCAUGUUCCCUACAUACUGCAGUUCAUGAUCGAUUUCAAUCUGUAUGGCAUGAGCUACCUGCAUGUACCACUGGAGGUGCUCAAGUUCCGCCGCAGCCAUGAGGAAGAAGUGAUUCCCUAUCCGAAUGUAAAGCCCGCACAGCUGCUGGACACUACCAGCGUUAAGAAGAUGUCCUGCAGCUCCCUGGAAAUAGACGUCAGUUCGAACUUCAUCCUGAAUCGCUUCCAACUAGUCGCCAAGGGCAAGGGCAGUCACACAAAUCCCGGCAUUGAGGCCAUCUGGAAUGACGAGAACGUGAGGCGCCAAAAGCUGGCCCAGAGCUACGCUGCAGCAGCCGAUGAGCAGAAACUGAAUGCGAUUCCAGUCCUGCAACUGCCGCCCACGCAGCCACGACUGCAUGUGGAAGUCGCCGAGAGUGAUGUGUUCUACCGCACGGCUCUCGAGAGCAAACUGCUUACCCUGGAGCAGUCGACGAUGUCCGACCAAACACUGUCGGAUCAGACGCAUCUCGGCAAUGCCACCAUGCAGACCACUUUGCCCAGCAGCAAGGAGCAUCGACGCACAUACAACCUGCAAAAACUGAUGGCCAAUGCCGUUUAUCCAGAGGAAUGCUCCCAGGAUCAGCAGCAGCUGCUGGUCAAUGCCUCGUUUAUCCAAAAUCACGUAGCGAGCAGCAGCAAUGGCAGCUUCUCUGGCGCUUCCUUUGCAGAAAAGGACGAGUCUGCCUACUUGGAUGAAACGCUGGUGGACGAGGAGCUAGUCUUGAGCCUUACCCAGCCCCACGGAGCUGUGCCACACGAUGCUACCUUAAGGGAAGAAGACCUGGAACUGCUGGAGGUCCUGCAGCAGCUGGAGGAGCAGAGUGCCAAUGAGUCGCGCAUCGAUUUGGACAGCUCGUUGGCGCCCCUGUCGCAGCAACACAAGCACUUUGAACUAACUCCAGAGCUGCUGGACAAGGAGACGGCAGCAGCGGCUGUCGGUCCGCAUCAGGCGUCCGAUGAAGACUCUGAUUCUGAGGAGGAAACAAACCCUGGGAGCAGGCAUGACUUCUCCACCGCCCUGGAUGGUAUCGAUGAGCUGUUGCUUAAGCUAACACAAAGCCAACCUGCUGAGAAAGGGCAGACGGAGCUAGAACCCACACCGAAGCUGCCGCAGAUCGAUGGCACGGAUGAUCUCCAGCGCACACCGAAAAAGUUGAGAGGCAAGGCAAAGGCGACGGCGACCGAGAGUCCGCCCAAGACACCCACCACACCCAAAAGGGACAGCCAGUUGAGGUCUCCACGCACACCCAAGUCCAGUGCGGCCAAGAAAUAUGCUCCACUGCCUCUCACCAUCGGCAGCAGCUCCACGAAGAAAAAUGAUGUGGCAGCCACAGGGAAAUCCACGAAUCCCAGACUUAGUCUGCAGCUCGAUCAACGACCCAAGGGUAGCCAAGGGUAUGCCACCACACAGAUACAUUUCGACAGUCUGUUCCUUAUCCGUUUCUCGUUUAGGCCCGAGCUGUCGCUGCGCAAGAAGCUGGCCAUGACGGAGCUGCGCCGCAAAAGUGUCGAGGAGUCGUCAAACAGCUUCGUCCUGUUGCAGAAUGACUCCACUCCACGGCGCAGUACCAGGAGACUUACCCGCAAUCUGGACAAGACUCAUCUCAUCUGCUCCCUGACGCCGCGAGAGAAAACUCCCAAACUCACGGACCUGUUCGAAACAGCUUUGGAUGCUGAGGAAGAGCAGAAAAAGCCACGUCACAGUGCGCGUCAUCAGGCUGAGAAAGCGAGUCCUUUGGCAACGGAGACCAGUAAAGGCAGAGCCCAAAAGUCACAGAGAAAUGGCUCGGAAGAGGUGAACAUAGUUACGCCAGCUAAGAAAAGCAGCCGAAAAAUGCCUAAAAGUACUCGAAAGGAUAUUCAUUUAGAAGAAGCCCAAACAGAGUCUGUUCCGGAAGCCACUCCCAGCGGGGUGAGCAAUCUGCCAGCUAGCGAUGAUGAGGCGAUCGAGUCCGAUACUGAACGCGAUCAAUUGCUAACCAAACUGCGUAAGACUCCGAAUCUGAGACGCUUGCGAAGGAGUUUCCGCUCGGAGGUGUUGACCAAACAGCACGAGGCGACGCCAACCACAGUCAGUCCUGCUCCAGACGAGGGACAGACCACGCCACAGCUGAGUCCCAGGAGCAACGAGAGCCAGACACCCGAGCUAAUGAAGAGCUUCUAUGAGCACUCACUGAUCAUCAAUAGUCCGUCGUUAUUUAGUGAUCACAUGGACAGUCCCCAGUGCUCUCCUGAUUUUGCACCUGCCCCUCUGAAGGCUGAUUCGUUUGUCAUUGCACCCUUGGAGCUGCCACCGACCUACGAUGAGGUGGUUCGCGGCUGCCAUAAGCUGGACAUACACGAACACGAAUUCCAGCAGCCCUUCUACAGCAAUCCGGGCGAUGUGAGCAAGGUAACCGAGGUGGGAUUCCUGGUCCUGCAUAUUCCCGGCAACAAGCUCAACGACUGUGAUCCCUUUCAAAGCAUUCUGGGAAACGACAAGGGCUUGGCUGCCUGGCGCCGUCAGCAGCUGAUUGCCAUCGGCGGCCCGGCCAUGUUGCAACGGCAUCGGGGCGAGCAGCGCAUCCGGGAGUACUUCAGCAGUGGCCAGACGAUUGCCAUUGAGCCGGCACAGAGUGCGCCCAGUCGACAGGAGGCCAAGAUCUGGCUGAAGGCCAGGGAGCUGCUGCGGCAGCGCGAAGAGCCAGAGCGAGGCAACGACGUCGACAGUCCGAUCAAGGUCAAGCGCCAGAAGAUCACAAUGAUGCUGCAGAACGAUGAAGGCGCAGCUGACAGCGAGGAGGAUGGGGACUGUACCCUCAGCCUCACACCAAUGUCCCAGGCAAAGGCAAAAGCAACGCCAAAAAGCAGUAAGGGUCCCGCGCAGACCAAACUCAACUUUAGGGCAUCCCUGGACGAAACAGCGGAACCGCAGCAGGGCAGCAGUCAGGCCAGUGACCAGAGCAGCGUCUCAAGCAGUGCCGCACAGGCGGAACUGGACCGCACCUCCUUCCUGCGACAGCUGGACCAGCCGGGCCACCACCAAGAGGGGCAACACGAGCUCAGCUUCGGCCUGAGCCACGCGACGCUGGACAACACGUUUGGCUUCAAGGUGAAUCUGGAGAACCUGCAGCAGGCCAAGGCGGAUAUUGAGUGCAACUACUUGACCAUAAUGACGCUGGAGGUGUUUGUGUCGACGCGAGGCGAGCUGCAACCCGAUCCGAUGCACGACGAGAUCCGUUGCCUGUUCUAUGCCAUUGAGCACAGCCUGCCGCAUGCGGAUGCGGCUGGGUCGCUGCCCAGCAAGGCCUGUGGCUACAUUAUGGUCAAUCAUGCCCAGGAUCUGCUCAGCGAGGGACUGAUCCAUGGCCUGGACAAGGACAUUGAAGUUCAGGUGGUAGCCUCUGAGGCAGAGGCAAUGGAGGCUCUGUUGGCCUUGUGUGCCCGCUGGGACGCGGACAUCUAUGCCGGCUACGAGAUCGAGAUGGCCUCCUGGGGCUAUGUGAUCGACCGGGCCAAGCAUCUGUGCUUCAACAUAGCCCCCCUGCUGUCCCGCGUGCCGACGCAGAAGGUGCGCGACUUUGUCGACGAGGAUCGGGAACAGUUCACCGAUCUGGAUGUGGAGAUGAAGCUCUGCGGCCGCAUCCUGCUGGACGUGUGGCGGCUGAUGCGCUCCGAGAUUGCUCUCACCUCGUACACCUUCGAGAACGUAAUGUACCACAUCCUGCACAAGCGCUGCCCCUGGCACACCCCCAAGACGCUCACCGAGUGGUUCGACUCGCCCUGCACCCGCUGGAUCGUGCUGGAGUACCAUCUGGAGCGAGUCCGGGGCACUCUGGCGCUGCUCGAUCAGCUGGAUCUGCUGGGACGCACCAGCGAGAUGGCCAAGCUCAUUGGCAUCCAGUUCUACGAGGUUCUGUCGCGAGGCUCCCAGUUUCGAGUCGAGAGCAUGAUGCUCAGAAUUGCCAAGCCCAAGAACGUGGUGCCACUGUCGCCCAGCGUCCAGCAGCGCGCGCACAUGAGGGCGCCCGAGUACCUGGCGUUAAUCCUGGAGCCGCAGUCCCGCUUCUACGCCGAUCCCCUGAUUGUGCUUGACUUUCAGAGUCUCUACCCCAGCAUGAUUAUUGCGUACAACUAUUGCUUCUCCACCUGCCUGGGCCGGGUGGAGCAUCUGGGGAGUAGCUCCCCCUUCGAGUUCGGAGCCUCACAGCUGCGCGUGUCGCGCCAAAUGCUGCAGAAACUGCUGGAGCACGAUCUGGUCACGGUGUCGCCGUGCGGCGUGGUGUUUGUCAAGCGUGAGGUGAGGGAGGGCAUCCUGCCGCGCAUGUUAACCGAGAUUCUGGACACGCGCCUGAUGGUCAAGCAGUCGAUGAAGCUGCACAAGGAAAACUCUGCCCUCCAGCGGAUUCUGCACUCCCGUCAGCUGGGACUGAAGCUGAUGGCCAACGUGACCUACGGCUAUACGGCGGCCAACUUCAGCGGACGCAUGCCGGCCGUGGAGGUGGGCGACUCUGUCGUUGCCAAGGGCCGCGAGACUCUGGAGCGUGCCAUAAAGCUGGUGGAGGCCAACGAGGAGUGGAAGGUGCGCGUGGUAUACGGCGACACGGACUCGAUGUUUGUCCUGGUGCCGGGCCGCGAUCGGGCGGAGGCAUUCCGGAUAGGCGAGGAGAUAGCCCAGGCCGUCACCGAGAUGAGUCCCCAGCCAGUGAAGCUAAAGCUGGAGAAGGUCUACCAGCCCUGCCUGCUGCAGACCAAGAAGCGCUACGUCGGCUACAUGUACGAGACGGCCGACCAGGUGCAGCCCGUCUACGAGGCCAAGGGCAUUGAGACGGUGCGUCGGGAUGGCUGCCCGGCAGUGGCCAAGAUGCUGGAGAAGGUGCUGCGUCUGCUCUUUGAGACGGCGGACGUUAGCCAGGUGAAGCAGUACGUCUGUCGCCAGUUCACCAAACUGCUCUCCGGACGGGCCAACCUGCAGGAUCUCAUCUUUGCCAAGGAGUUUCGCGGACUCAAUGGCUACAAGCCCACGGCCUGUGUGCCGGCCCUGCAGCUAACGCGCAAGUGGAUGCAGAAGGAUCCCAGGCGCAUACCGCGUCGGGGCGAGCGUGUACCCUUCAUUAUCAUCAAUGGGCCACCAGGCGUGCAGCUCAUCCGUCUGGUGCGCAGUCCCCACGACAUUCUGGCCAACGAGGGCCACAAGAUCAAUGCCAUCUACUACAUCACCAAGGCCAUUAUUCCGCCCCUGAACCGCUGCCUGCUGCUGGUGGGUGCCGAUGUCAACGAUUGGUUCACCAGCCUGCCGCGCAAGCUGCUCAUGAUGCCCGCCCUAGCCACGGCCAAUGAGUUGGCCAGCGGCAGAGGCGCCAAGUCCACCAUCUCCCAGUAUUUCUCCACCACCAGCUGUGUGAUUGAUUGCGGCCGCCAGACCAAGGCUGGCAUUUGUACCGAAUGCCUGCGGAACGCUACCAAAUGUGUUGUUAUGCUGGCGGACAAGGUGGCCCGCCUGGAGCGUGGCCAUCAGCUAACGCAGCAAAUCUGCCAGUCCUGCUGCGGGCGUGCUGGCAGUCUGCAGUGCGACUCCCUCGACUGUCCCGUGCGAUAUGUGCUGGAGGUGAAGCGUCGCGAUCUGCAGCAGAUUGGACACAUUCGCAGGCUGCUCGAGGAGAAUUUCUAAAAUAACUUGGUGGGUUGUGCUCCAGUGUGGGAGUUUCUUAAGAGUAGGAAAUACGCAGACACUAGAACAAUUUCAG